AAUAAUUGUAUAAGCAACAUGGGAAUAAAGACAACCAUUCGAGCCAGGGCAACCAUGCAUGCAGGUAAUUACACAAAAAUUUUAAAUUUACUUUACAUUUUUUUAUCUAUGUAAUGUUUUACAUAUGAUUCAUUUUUUUUUUGUUUAGAUUUAUGGUUGAAUAGGUUUGAUUGUCCAAACCUUAAACCUUUUGCCAUUAAUGUCCUCAGCCAGACAUGUUGUACUAAUGAAUGCGAAAGGAAUUAGAGCAUGUUCCAACAUAUCCAUGACAAGAAGAUGAACAUGAUCGAACAUAAAAGGUUGAAGGACCUUGUUUAUGUUCGAUAUAGUAUGAGGUAGAAACAAAGGUAAUAGAACUUAAUAUAUAGUUGUUUCAUAAGUAAUUAAAUAUUGUAGUAUAAAUUUGGUUUAUAAUAUAUAUAAUUAUAUAUUAACAAUUUUUCUCAUAUUUAACAUAGUCAAUUACAAAAAACAUCAACAAGAAAAGACACAUCUCAAUUUGAUCCUAUAAGCUUGGACAACUUUGAUGUGUUGGAACCACAGGUUGAGAAAAAACCAACCCCAACAUUUGAUGAUGAUCAUCUUUAGUGCUUCAACAUUGAAGUUGAAGGAAUAGAAAUUGUUGAUAAAGGAGAGCCUGCAGGAUAUGUCAGUAAGGUUGUUGAACUUCAUGGUGAUGACAAUGAAUAUGAAGAUGAGAAUGAAGAUUAUGAAUGAGAGUUGAUAGUGCUUUCAUUUGUUAUUUGUAUUUGACAUUGAAAAUUUUCAUCAUUUCAUGAUCAUCUUAUGAUGUAAUGCAUAACAAUUAAAACUUGUUGUUUGAUGUGUUAUUGAUAGCCUCUAGGGCUAUCAAGGGGCUGGCGGCAAGGAGUAGGGAAGAGAACCAGAGAGAGAGAGAGAUUAGGAGAGAGAAUAAAACCUCAUCAUAAACUUGCAUUAGGGCAAAUCACGCCCAAAAUACUUACAGCAUAAAGCAAAGUGGGUCUCUGUUAAAUACCCGAUCCAAAUUGACUAAUAACGAUAACGUAAAAUAAAACUUGUCUAUCAUUAUUAAACUAAGACAAAACCUAACAUUUCUCCCCCCUUCGAACAACACCUUGUCCUCAAGGUGUGAAUGAUGGAAAACGAGAGAUGAUGUCCUCGCUAUCUUCCUACAUUGCUGGUGCAUCUUCAUUUGAGAGCCAUUCAAUAAGCCAUUGGUGACGCCACUUGUCGUCUAUCUUUAACUUCCUCAUACUGAUGCACCGAAAAGGUGUAAGGUUAGCUGUUGCUUCUACGAUUGGAGCAGAAUCGUCCUCUUCGCCCGUGGGAACGCUGGUGCAGAGCUUCAGUUUCGAGACGUGGAAUACUGGAUGUAUAGAGCUGCCUGCUGGAAGAAGGAGCUCAUAAGCAAGUUUACCUAUCCGUUAGCUGAUUUUAUUGGGUCCCACGUAACGAGAGAGUAGCUUUUUUUGUCCGGGUCCUUGUAAGCUCGUGGUACGUUGAGGGGGCCUCUUCAAGAAAACCCAAUCACCCUCUUGAAACGUCACUGCUCUAUGGCAGCAGUUGUAUUGUAUGACCAUCCGAUUCUGGGCUGCAGCUAAAUGCGCUUUUGGGUCCUUCAAGAUGACAUCCCUGCAAUGCAGCUGGGUAUCCACCAUGUCGUCUCGUGCGGUGCCCGGUAAAUAACGAUCAAUCGCCGGUGGGGGUUUGCCAUAGAUGGCUUCAAAGGGGGUUGUAUUUGUUAAAGUGCACCAACCGGUGUUGUAAGCUAGUUCUGCCCAUGAUAAGUAAGCUGCCCAGCGAAGCAUCAGAGGUAGGUUUCUACGCAACGAUUUACUACCUCUGUUUGCCCAUCCGUCUGCGGGUGAUAGGCGGUACUCAUCUUUAGUUUUGUGCCCUAUAAAUGAAAAUACUCUCACCAGAAUUGACUAAGGAACAUUGAAUCGUGGUCACUAAUAAUGGAUUGGGGCAUGCCAUGGAGCUUCCCAACGUGUUCUUGGAAGGCCUGUGCUAUAGUUGUUGAAAUUAGAAAGUUUGUUUUUAAAUGUGGUAGUUAUUUGACUAUUUAAGAGUUAGGGUUCCUUUCUGUCCUUUUAAUAUUUUAUUUGUCCUUCUCUUGUAACUGCCUCAGCCGUGCCCUAAUCUCCCUUUAAGUUGAGAUUAGAGCACGAGAUCAAAAUAUCUUUUUCGUCUCUCUCUCUCUCUCUCUCCCUUUCUCAUUCUCCCCUUCUUCAUCACGCAACAUGGUAUCAGAGCCUACGCUGGUGUGAUCGACUCAAGUUUGCUGGCGUGAUCCUCUCGUGCCUUCCUUGUUGCAGUAUUGAUUCAGUCUGCUGGCGUGAACCUUCAAGUCUGCUGGCGUGAACCAAUCGUCUCAGACUUCUUGUACGUGAGCAUCUCAAGUUGUUGUUGGCGUGAUCGCUGGUUUCCCCUAUUUUUCUUCUUGCGUGGAAGAGGACCUGAUCUCGCCUAUGUGGAAGGCGUGAUCAGAUCCUCUAGUGGAGUGCGUGGACAAGGUUAUGGGCUGUUGAUGGACGCUGUUUAGAGUAUUUGAGUGGAACGUUAUGCUGUUAGUGGCUGCGGUGUAAGGUAUGAUCAGAAGUUUUGGUGACGCAGAACAUGUUUUGCUGAUUUUUUUUACGAAAGAUAUGGACGUGCUGUUUAAGAGUUGAGGUUGGGAAUAGUAGAAGCAGCGGCAGACGUUGUUUGUAAGGUUUUUUUUCAGCAAGUUAUUUUCUGGCGUGUUUUUCAGCAGGCUGUAUUCCCUGUUCUUGUCUGGCGUGUUUUUCAGCAAGCUAUUUCCAGCAAGUUGUUAUUUUCUGGUGUGUUUUUCAGCAGGCUAUUUUCAGCAAGUCACUAUUUUCAGCAAGUUAUUCCCUGUCCGUUUCUGGUGUGGUUUCAGCAAGCUACUUUUAUUUGCUGUUUGGGGAUGUGAAAGAAACGUGUGCAUGUUCCUUUGUUUCAUGUUAUUCCUGUUGUCCUCGUGAAGUUGCUGCUUAUAUACAGUUUAUCUUGGUAUUCUUAUCUUUGCUGUGAUUUAUUAUGGCUGAGAGCUGAAAUUCCGAGGGUGGUAACGAUCACAAAGGAGGUGGAAAUCCCUUCUCCUAUGGAUCUACAGUUAAAUUAGAUGGACACAACUAUGAACUAUGGUCCAGAUCCUUUAUGUUGUCUGUUAUCGAAAGAGACACAUAAUUGAAGAGGAUGAGCCUACUAACAAGUCAGGGAAGUACAUAACCUGGGAAGAGGACGACAACAUGGUAAUGUCGUGGAUUAUGAAUAGUGUUCAACCUCAAAUUGCUUCUACUAUUACGUACUAUACUACUGCGAAGGAGAUGUGGGAAUUUCUUAGACAGACAUAUUCUCAAGAUAAGAAUGUGAUUAAAAUCCUUCAAGUUGAAGAAGAGUUGCACAAUCUCCGACAGGGAAGUCAGGAUUUAUCUCAAUACUUUGCCAUAGUUAAAGCCACUUAUGAACGUUUGAAAUUCUUGCGUCCUCCGUGCAAAUCGUGUUAUAAGUCACACUUUGAACCUACUAUGGUUGCAAAGUUUCUUGCUGGUCUCUCUCCUGAAUAUGCUGCUGCUAAGGAUCAGAUGCUCACUGGAAGUGAAAUUCCUGACCUCUCUGAUGCGUACAACAGACUUAGCCGUCUUGCUAUUAGUCUGUCUCAACCAGCUGGUGUGACGCCUGCCUCUGCACUUGCUGUGGGGGGUGGUCGUGGUCAUGGCUCCACUUAUAGUACAAGAGGAAGAGGUAUAGGUCGUGGAACUGGGGGCCGUGGGAGGUUCCAAUGCACGUAUUGUGGUAAGAUUGGUCAUUUAGAGGAUCGAUGUUGGGAUAAACAUGGUCGCCCAUCCUCUGUGUCACAGGGAAGAAAUAUGGUCACCAAACAGGGCAAGAGCUCUACUUACUCGUCUAUGGGUUCUGCACAGACUGCCACUCCUACAGUGGAGGACUCUUCGCCUAGUAUAGCUCCAGAGACAGUUAGCAUUGACAGAGUUGAGUAUGAGCAAUUUUUGGCACACAAAGCCUCACAGGCUUCAGCUGCUAUAGUGGUGACUGAUCGAGCCUUCUCAGCGGGUCCUUCCACGUCUGAUUCAGGACUUGCAAACUGGGAAGACGAUUGGUGGCGGCUAUGAGAAAGGGGGCAUCUACAUCCUGUCGACUCCUAUGGGCCUUGCUGCUACCUCUUCUACAUCAGAGUCUACAGUCUUCCAGUGGC